GACACAAGAGUUUGUGUUGGAUGAUUGCCUGCGACGUGAGGAAGGACCCUCGCUUGCAGAUCCCAGAAGAGAAGAGCUACCUGGGUCAGGUGGAAGCAAGAUGGGCCCCAGGGGCAGGCAGAGCUCCUCCUCCGCACUGGCCCCCUCCCAGGGGUCUUGUUUCUUCAUCCUCUUUUGCUUACGGUUAGGCGCCUCCUGCCCGCAGGCCUGCCAGUGCCCUGACCAUGCCGGGGCUGUGGCUGUCCACUGCAGCUCAAGAGGCUUGCAGGAGAUCCCUAGGGACAUCCCGGCGGACACGGUGCUUCUGAAACUAGACGCCAACAGAAUCUCCCGAGUCCCCAAUGGCGCCUUCCAACACCUGCCCCAGCUGAGGGAACUAGACCUGUCCCAUAAUGCCAUCGAGGCCAUUGGGCCAGCAGCCUUCUCAGGGCUGGCUGGCGGCCUGCGGCUUCUGGACUUAUCCCACAAUCGCAUCCGAAGAAUCCCCAAAGACGCGCUGGGCAAGUUGAGUGCCAAGAUCCGCCUGUCCCACAAUCCACUGCACUGUGAAUGUGCUCUCCAGGAGGCCCUGUGGGAGCUGAAGCUGGACCCGGACUCCGUGGAUGAAAUUGCCUGCCACACCUCGGCCCAGGAGCAGUUUGUGGGCAAGCCAUUGAUCCAGGUCUUGGACUCGGGCGCCAGCUUCUGCAGUACCCACCGCAAGACCACCGAUGUCGCCAUGCUGGUCACCAUGUUCGGCUGGUUCACCAUGGUGAUUGCCUACGUAGUGUACUACGUCCGCCACAACCAGGAGGAUGCCAGACGGCACCUGGAGUACCUGAAGUCCCUGCCCAGCGCUCCAAUCUCCAAGGAGCCUCUCAGCCCUGUGCCCUAGCACCCGCCUCCGGUGGCCCCGCUGAACCUGGCUGCUGUUUUUCUGCAGCAGGUGGAGGUGAUGGUGCUCUUGCAUCCCCAGGGAGGUGCGCUGCAGCUGUCUCGCCCCCCA